AUGGUGGUAAGGACGAGCUCGCCGGGCUUCGCGGCGCCCACAAUAAGCCGACACGCAACGACAGACCCGAGCUUUGUGGGACUCCUCCCAUCACUACUCAGCACGGCAUUCCGCUCCCAAACAUACGAGUACUUCAUCACCAACUACGCACCACGUUCAACCGAGACAUGGGCGAGGCUACCAACAGAUCUUUCUAUCAUUCCUUCGACUUCAUGGCUGCAAGCUGCCAUUGCCGUCGCUCCAACAGACCCUGUGCUCAACAACGGUCUUACCGCCAUGGCACUUGCUCAAGUUGGGCGAAUGACAAGGCGGCCGGACCUGCUCUUGGGUGGCCACAAACUGUACACCGAGGCGCUGAGUGGUCUCAAUCGGCGGCUAAAGGGCGGAGACGAAUGCUUUACCGACACAACACUCGCUGCAGUUACGACUCUCAGUAUGCAAGAAGGCUCCAGCGAGGGACGUUCGAAGAGCUGGGCAUCGCACGUGAAGGGUGCCUCAGCACUUAUCCAACUGCGCGGAAAGGCGAAUUUCUCCACGCCAUUGAGCAACAGAGUCUUCCUCGGUGCGCAGAUAGCCGAGUUGAUCGCGGCAGUCGGGAGUCGGAAACGUUCAGUCAAUGCAUCGCUGUGGUCGCAGGCCUGUCAGAGCCCGACGACAGAUCCCAGCUUCGACUCACCCCUGCGUCUUUUCGAGAUUUUACAUAUUCUACCCGAGAUCAUGGGGGACGCUGAGAGCAUAUCCCCUGCUUCGCAUCCCGAAGAGCAAAUCGCGGACAAGGUUGGCGAAAGCUUGGUGUCUGUCAUGCAAAAAUGCCAUGAUUUCGAGACGAGAUUGACGGAGUGGUACAACGACCUCGAAGCACGAUAUCAAAGCGAUCACCGAGGCAUUCGACCUCAACCUAAAGCACCAUUAGUUUUCGACGUGGCUGAUACCACACUCCGAGCGAAGCUCUACUGGUUCCAGCCAUCGACUCUUUACUCGGGGCUGCCUCGCGACAGUGCAGCCCGGAUCUUCCCCUUUUUUAUUUGCUUUCCGAACCCAGACAUCGCGUUCCAGAUUGUGCUGCACUGGACGGGCCUUCUGCUCAUGCACAUCACAAUGCACUUGAUGUAUUCCCGAUUCGGCCAGUCCAGGCCGAAGACAGCGUUGCCAGAUAUCGGGAGAUUCGCAUUCACGAAUGAUGCCCGCUCUCUAGCCCUACUCAUUGCCCAAUCUCUUGAAUAUUUCGUCCAUCCAGACAUGGGUCUACUCGGGACGAAUCUUAUUGGGUUCCCGUUAUCUUCAGCACAGAGAUAUUUCCAACACGCAGGCGCCAGGGAACAAUUAUGGUUCGAUGUAAUAUUUCAGCGCAUAGGGGAGAUGAAGUCGGGGCUCAGGGGAUUCUUGGACGACAUGGCCAGGCGACGUACAGUCAAACUGGUCAGCCCGUGGCAUCCCACAUCUCUUAGGUAG